GGUCCUUCCAGGGCCCCCUCGACUCCGACCGACGAGCGCCUCAGCCUUGUGCGCGGCAGACCUCGGUAUUUCCAAGCAGGGAGCGUCCAGCCGCAGCCUGCUCUUCCCCAGCGGCCGUUGGCCGGAGCACAACGGCCGUGGCCCGCUGGGCUCCCUCCGCAGAGAGGAGAGCGGCCGAACUAGCGCCCUGACGUUCACGUCGGCCCAGAUUUAGGGGAACCUCGCCCACGCGUCACAACAGGGGAGCCCGCUAAAUGAAACACAACGGGCCCCCGCGGACUCGGUGGGACGCGACGGUGCGAGCGCCCGCUCAAUCAGAAUCCGACCCAGUAACGCGUCCCUGCGGGAACAACCCCCCUCGUUGAGCCUGUAAUGUUCAGUUUUGUUGCAGCCGAGUGACAGAGAUGAUGAUUCGACUCCAGGCCUUUUUUUUUCAGACCUGUCCGUUCAGACCGACUGCACGACCAAAGACUCGGGCGUCAACACGGAGCCGGACUGGGAGAGUCGGGUCUUGGCCAUGUUGGAGUACAGCUCCAGCCUGUCGGAGCAGUACGGCCGUCUGAUGAAGAAGCAGGACGAGGAGGAGGUGGCACACAAAAAACACAAACAACAACUGCAGAAGAAGAAGGAGGAGGCCACCUGCCAGCACCAGGCUCUUCUGGACAAACUGGAGUCUCUGCGAGUUAAACUACAGCUGAACAACUCCAAGGCCGCCAGGAAGAACUUCUUAGCCAAAAAACAAGAAAUGACCUCAGAGAAGAACAGAGCAGAGGAGGAGAGGAACAGGCUGGCCAAGGAGCUGGAGGAGAGCCAGAGGAAGCUGACGGCGCUCACAGAGGAGCAGAGCGAGGAGCAGCGGAGGUGGCAGGAGGAGCUGGAGGAGCUGAGGCAGGAGAUGGAGCGAGCGAGGAAGGAGGCGCAGGAGGCCGAGCUGCUGGCCUCGCAGGAAGAGAGAGCCGCCGUGGAAAAGCAGAGGGACGUCGCCAUGACUCGCAUCGCGGCCUGGCUGAGAGAGGUGGGACAGUACCUGAACGUUUUCCGGGUGGAGUUCCCUCAGCAGUACCCUCACGAGAGGCUGAAGUGGGAGAAGAAGGAAGGUCUGGUCCGGAGGAACCAGGCUGAGCUCCAGAGCCGCUUCCAGGAGGUUCUGCAGCAGCUCCAGCAGGGUAAAGAUUUAGAGUCCCUCCCCAGGAUCAAUGUGCCGUCUCUGCCGCAGGUCCCCAUGGCUGACCUGAGAUUCAGUCAGGUGAUGCAGUCACUGGUUCAACCGCAGUUCGUGCCCCGACCCCUCCCUGCACAGAGACACCCAUACUAUUACCAGGAACAGUACCAGCCCCCGCGCCGCCCCCAGUACCGUCAGCGCUACCCCCACCCACGACCCCACCCGCCGCCCGAACACUACUUCCAGCCCCCACCACCACCGCCACCGCAGUACCAGCCUCCACACCAGUUCCAACCUCUCCAACCGCCCCAGCCUCAGUUCCAGCCCCACAUCCGGGCACCAGUGAGGGUGACUCCCCCUCCCAGUCUCUCUCCGUCCCCUCCUGUUCAGCCCAUCCACCCUGUCGUUCCUUCCCCACCUCCCCCCAGUGCUGCGGCUGCUGCUGCUGCUGCCGCCGCCGCCACCUCCGCCCCGGCCGGCAAACUAGACAAAGUCCUGGAGAAGCUCGGGACUCGGUUCCCACAAUGCAACAGGGCUCAGCUGACGUCGCUGCUCCAGCAGGUGAAGAGCUCCCGCGGCACCUUAGCUGGCAUGUCCAUGGAGGAGGUCAUCGAUCAGGUCGGCCUCAAGCUGGCACAGAACGAGAGGUUGGCCCUGGGGCCCAUCGGCCGGCCCAUGCCCCCAGGCCCUAUCCAGAGACCGACCCCUUCCCCGCAGAGACGCGGGGCAGCAGCAACAGCGGCAGCAGCACCAGGUGGAGGUCCGGGUGUCGGGGCCCGUAAACUCUGCCUGAUGUGCCAGAACCCCGUGGAUCCAGAAAGCCGCCACCCGCUGAGCUGCUCCCACACCAUCCACAAAGACUGCAUCCGAAUGUGGCUGCAGUCCAGCAAGAACAACUCCUGUCCCUUCUGCCUGGGGAAGUGAAGGAGAAAACCAGGUGGUGAGACCUCAGCCGGGACUCCAAUCAGCUGUUGGAUCUCUGGAUGUACAUCUGUUCAGUUCUCCAUCAGCCGCUUGUGUAAAAACUGAGCCAGAAGUGUGUUUUCAGCAGAUGUGCAACCAGCAAUAAGGGUCUUUGAAGAAAAGUAAGCUAGUGAAAUCUGUAGGCCUCUGGAUAAACGGGUGCACUUGCUGUAUGAUUUACCAUGUUACAGCAUCAGAGAGCAUGCUAGCAGCACGCUAAUGUUAGCCCGGCAACACGCUAAUUAGUGCUGGGCAUCUUUUGGAGUUCUUUGGGACCAGUAUUGCCAAGGCAACACCUUCGCCACCGGCACUGGUGCUGAUGCCACUUCAGUUUUAUUAUAGAAACAUGAUGUUUUACUAUCACAGUGUCAAUCAUCUGUAAAUCUCUCUGAACUGCACUAAGCUUUACGGAAGGAGCCAAAUAAAGAAAGUUUGAUUGAUAAAAUUGUCAUGGUUUAGAUUACAAAGUAUAUGAUCAAGGAAUAAAUAAAAAGUAAAGUGUUUGGAUAGUAAUAAAAUAGAACUGGAUUUUAUGGGUCCUGUAUUUUUCAGCUGAUUUCAAGGAAACAUUCCUCACAAUCUCCCAAGUAUUAGCUGGUAUUUAGCUGAUUAUUACAGACUUUGGUACUAAUCGUAAGAAAUGAUGUCGUAGUUAAGUGAGAAAUAGUUCAUAAACAGGCGUCAGUGUCACUUUCCUGAAAAGAAGAACAAAAAUCCUUAAUUGUUAAUUAGACAGAAAAUGUUCCGCAUGAAUCCUCGUCACUUUGAAACACAAAACUAAGGAAUUUCCGCUGCAGCUGAAAACCAACAUCCAUUAAGUUAAUAUUUACCGAUCAAGCGGAUCUAUAAUGUGUGGCAGCUCAAAGUCAUGAAGAAUUGAAAUUAGGAAGAUUUAUAUCUUCACUGACCUGCCACAUCACUUACUAAUUGUUUUUUGUUUUUUUCUUUAAAAGUCAAAUAUAUUGCACAGGUACUGAAUGACUGUAGGAACCAACACUUUCUCAGUUUCCGUUAAAAUUGUUUCUGACUUUCUUGGAAAUAUCCUAAUAAUUAACCGCCAAAUACCAGCUCAUUUUUGGGGAAAUUGUGAGGAAAGUUUCCAGGAAAUUAGCAGGAAAAUCCGGACCCAUGAAAUGAAGCGUUACCCUCCCAAUAACUGAACCGACAUGGUGGAGCAGACUGAACUGAAUUGUGGGACACACUUAGCUCUGAAUACCACGUAAGACUGAUAUUGAUCUUCUCAUCUCAUUCUUGAAAAAAAAAAAAAAAAGGAAAUUUUUAAUUUAACGUGAAACUUAAAGAUUUGAGGUUGUAUUAAUGGUAAACAUCAGAAAAUAGGAGGCUUCUUACUAAAAGAUCAAACCAGAAAUGACAAA